GGCAGAAGGAGCAGCAGCACGUGGAGAGAGAGCAGCUGGGGACCCUGGUGAGCAGAGCCCCUGGCCCGGGCUGCAGAGAGUCUCCUGACAUGGGGGACAGUAUCAUGCACCACCCAUCAGCCACCAAAAUGUCAGAAGAGAUGGACAAGCCGCUGAUCAGCCACCAUCCGGUGGACAGUGAUGGCAGCCUGGCUGAGGUCCCCAGUGAGGCCCCCAAAGUGGGCAUCAUGGGCAGUGGGGACUUUGCCCGCUCCCUGGCCACACGCCUGGUGGGCUCCGGCUUCAGCGUGGUGGUGGGGAGCCGCAACCCCAAACGCACGGCUGGGCUAUUUCCCUCAGCAGCACAAGUGACUUUCCAGGAGGAGGCAGUGGGCUCUCCUGAGGUCAUCUUUGUGGCCAUGUUCCGGGAGCACUACUCCUCACUGUGUAGUCUCAGCGACCAGCUAGCCGGCAAGAUCCUGGUAGAUGUGAGCAACCCCACAGAGCAGGAACACCUUCAGCACCGUGAGUCCAAUGCUGAGUACCUGGCCUCCCUCUUCCCCACCUGCUCGGUGGUCAAGGCCUUCAAUGUCAUCUCCGCCUGGACCCUGCAGGCUGGCCCCAGGGAUGGGAACAGGCAGGUGCCCAUCUGCAGUGACCAGCCGGAAGCUAAGCGCACUGUCUCGGAGAUGGUGCAUGCCAUGGGCUUCACACCUGUGGACAUGGGGUCCCUGGUCUCAGCCCGGGAGGUGGAGGCCAUGCCCCUGCGCCUCCUCCCGGGCUGGAAGGUGCCCGCCCUCCUGGCCCUGGGGCUCCUCGUCUUCUUCUAUGCCUACAACUUCGUCCGGGACGUGCUGCACCCCUACCUGCAGGAGGGCAAGAACAAGUUCUACAAGCUCCCCGUCUCCGUGGUCAACACGACGCUGCCGUGCGUGGCCUACGUGCUGCUGUCACUGGUCUACCUGCCCGGCGUGCUGGCGGCCGCCCUGCAGCUGCGGCGCGGCACCAAGUACCGCCGCUUCCCCGACUGGCUGGACCACUGGCUGCAGCACCGCAAGCAGAUCGGCCUGCUCAGCUUCUUCUGCGCCGCCCUGCACGCCGUCUACAGCUUCUGCCUGCCGCUGCGCCGCUCGCACCGCUACGACCUGGUCAACCUCGCCGUCAAGCAGGUCUUGGCCAACAAGAGUCACCUCUGGGUCGAGGAGGAGGUCUGGCGGAUGGAGAUAUACGUCUCCCUGGGAGUGCUGGCCCUCGGCACGCUGUCCUUGCUAGCCGUCACCUCACUGCCGUCCAUUGCAAACUCGCUCAACUGGAGGGAGUUCAGCUUCGUGCAGUCCACUCUGGGCUUUGUGGCCCUGGUGCUGAGCACGCUGCACACACUCACCUACGGCUGGACCCGCGCCUUCGAGGAGAGCCGCUACAAGUUCUACCUGCCUCCCACCUUCACGCUCACGCUGCUGGUACCCUGCGUCAUCAUCCUGGCCAAAGGCCUGUUCCUCCUGCCCUGCUUGAGCCACAGACUCUCCAAGAUCCGGAGGGGCUGGGAGAAGGACGGUGCCGUCAAGUUCACGCUGCCAAUGGACCACGCCCUGGCCCAGAAGACGAGCCACGUGUGAGGCGUCUGCACCCAGCUCCAGAAACCAGACGCAGGCAGAAUGGUGCCCUGAGCCUGUCAGGGCUUCUUUUCUUGACCGUGCAGUAUGAUGAGAUUGUGCACAAAUUGGUGGUUUGAGGUCUGAAUUCCUGGAACGCAAAUGUAUGUGGUAAUAUUCAGAGUGACACACACGUGUGUGUGAUAUAUAUGUUCAUAUAUAUUUCAUAUGUAUAACAGGAUUUGCAAUUAUAUUUACUUAGCUAAAAAGUUGAGUCCCUGAGAUUUCAACUUGUAGAUUUAAAAGCAAGUGCCAGAUGUUUGGAGAACAGCAGCUCACGCUGUUGUGACGUUUGCAGAGAUAUUCACACGCUUUUUGCACAGAAGAGGCAGUGAGAGGCUUGUUCCUUGGUAGAGUCGAUCCAUUUGUGCCCCCCCAUCCCUCUUUGCUACUUUCCCAAGGCUUUUGCAGGGCUGGGGCUCUCAGGUGCCAGGGCAGACAGGAGCUCUGGGGCCCGAUUUGGGUGUACAGGGCUGAAGAGUCACCAGUGAGCAGGGGCUAUGGCUCCUCCCUCGUCCAUCUUCAGUGGCAGCAGGAUGCCAGGCCAGGGAGCGAGGGCACUAGGGGCUGAGCCUGGUAUCUGUGCCCUGAGAGCCAACUGAAGGUCUGUUCUUUGCCAGGUGGGGAGUGGGAGGGGUUGGGGCUGAAGCUGCUCCCCCUAAUCCUCCCUGAGCUGGGGAGAUUUUUUCCUGAAAGUCAGAAGUCACCACGGCAGCUGCAAAUUGAUCCUCCUGCAGGAGUGUGAAGUUACCUCCUUGCCAGAGCCGCUAAUGAACCCCGUCUUGAGAACAAGUGUAAUUUCUUUCCCUCCUUAAGUUGGUGAUGACCGUUCUUUCGACCACUGUGCCUUCUCACCUUUUAGAUCAUUAGUUUGACUGUCUUCCAGGAAGGCCUAGAGCAGACCCUCUAAAAGUCAGUUCAAGGGGGAGGGGAACGCAGAGCAUGCUCAGUGUCACAGCUGAGCCUUUAUCAGGACCAUCCUGGGGGGCUGAAGGACUGAUUGCCUUCAUUAAAUUGGUCCUGUGGAAAAACACUGGAGACCUCUUCAAAUGUCCUCUGCUACCUCUCUGGGCAGAGAACCUGCCUCCCAAGCACCCAGAAAACCACACUGGCUCCAAGUUCCUCCUAACGGAGGGCUACGUUUCAAAAUAGUCAGGAGAGUCUUUUCCGCCAAAGCUACAGACUCAAAACGCUGCUGCCCCAAAGCACGAGAGGCUGGACGACAGCCAGGGCCACAGGACGUGUGUCCUUGAAUCAUAUGCCAUCCUUCACUGAUUCAUCCUGAAACUGUUUUUACUUCCCCUGCGGAGAAACAGCUGUUCUCGGCUGAGCCCCCAACCUCUGGCAGAACCAGGGUGAUCUGCCAUCUCCACCAAAAAAGCCCCUUUGACCACAAAGCAGUGGAGGUCCUGAUGGAAGACAUCAGUCAGACGCACACUGACUCUACUGUGAAUGGGGGCUGCUGGUCAUGCUUAUAUUUCUUAGUUCUCCUGGGCCAGAGGGCAUCUUAGGGUGAAACAAAGAGUCAGCCAGCAAAGGCUGACCAGAUAGUGCUACAAGGAGAGGAUGCCCCUGCUCCCCAAGGGAGGCUUCGUGAGCUCAUGUCUGUGGAGCACAUUAGGGUCCUUUAGUGAAAAGGAAAAAAAAAAACCAAGUGCAAGAAUAUCUCAUUAGGCCAGUGACGGAUGGAGGGGAGGCAGCACAGGCGAAGCUGUCUGCUUCCUGCAGAUGUUUUCCAUCUGCUGCUCCAAGGCUGAGCAGCAGAGGCUUGUCUCCUAAAUUGGCCCUGAUGGAGCAGCAGCCUGGCCCUCAGAGAGGCUCACUGAAAAGGAGGCAGGUGAAGCAGGUUUCAGCAUUUGCUAGGCAAAAGGGGGGCCCAUCGAUUUCCUGCUGAUAGGAAGCAGGGAGAACAUGGGCAACUGGUACCCCCCCAAGGAUCGCCAACCCUAGAUGGUAUCGGCUGCCUUCCUUCUCUGGCCCCCCCUGGGCCUGGAGAUGGUUCCUCACACCAAAGAUGCCGACACAGAGCAAAGUCCAGUAUGCUCCCUCCCCUUCCCGCCCACCUCCUGCUGCAGGUGCUCCUCAAGAGGGAAGGGAUUCCAAGGUGGGUGACAGGACGGAACAGGUGCAGUAGAGGACCUGGCCACCCACCAACUGGACAAUCAGCUCAUGAAAGUCAGGGUGGGCUGUGUGCCUGACCUUGAUCUUAUGUCUGCUGCUGCCCUUCCCUACCUCACCAGGCAGCCGGCAACAGAAUUCCCCAGAGAGCAAGUAAAUUCCCUCAGAGCCUGGUAAAUUCUCUGUGCCUCUGGGUACAAAAGUGCCUGAACCAACAUGCUCUGGAAAUCCUAAAUGCCACGGUCUGAGGUUGACGUUUAAAGUCUAUGCUAUUGAAAGAGUCUGUAUUUUGUUUUUACCUUGUAGAGCUUGUCUAAGAAGCAGCGAAAAUAAACACCUAACCUUCAGUGAGUUUCAGGCUUUUAUUUGUGUCCUGUCGAUCACCUGCCCACUUUUUCGUUCAUUGCCUCCAUGAGCCUUCUGAUUGGAGCUUGCUCUGAGUCAGGCAAUAGAAUGAUCUGGGGUAGAGCGCACCUCUAAGGAAGGGCAGACAUGCAGACCUCCAGCGACAGGCCAGUAAGGACACAGGCGAGAUCCAGGUGACAAAGUGCAGGGGGAUGUGAAAGGAGCACCCAAGACCCACAGAGGGGUGGAGAAGGCUUCGUG